ACAAGGCACUGUCUUGAUGGGAAUAACCAACAAUUACUACUUCUGUCUUCUUAUGACCGCAUGAGUUUUUUUUUAUUCUUCAUUCACGAGAAAAAAUGAAUCCACGUUGUGUUUUGGCUACUGUGCAUUUGCUCGCCACCAUUGGCUUUAUUCCAGUAUCUUUGUGUGCCCAGGGGAGAUAUGCACACAAGUUGCUGAAUGAUUUGUUCAUGAAUUAUACCAGUGCAUUGAGGCCUGUUGAAGACACGGACAACAUCAUUAACGUCACUCUGCAAAUCACUCUCUCACAGAUCAUUGAUAUGGAUGAAAGGAACCAGAUCCUGACAACAUAUCUGUGGAUUCGCCAGGUGUGGUUUGACACCUACCUCACCUGGAAGAAGACAGAUUACGAUGGGCUUGAUACCAUUCGUAUACCUAGUAGUUAUGUAUGGAGACCUGAUAUUGUCCUAUAUAACAACGCAGAUGACCAAUUCUCCAGCUCUAUGGAGACCAAUGUGGUGAUACGUCAUGAUGGCCAGAUCAUGUGGGACCAGCCGGAAAUAACCAAGAGCUCUUGCAAUGUGGAUGUAUCCUUCUUUCCAUUUGAUGCACAGCAAUGCCGCCUCACCUUCGGCUCCUGGACACACAACGGUAACCAGAUAGACCUUCAUAACGCCCUGGACAGUGCUGACCUGGCUGACUUUGUGGAGAACGUGGAGUGGGAGGUUCUGGGAAUGCCGGCCAAGAAGAACAUCAUCCUCUAUGGCUGCUGCUCAGACCCCUAUCCUGAUAUCACAUUCACACUUCACCUGAAUAGAAGAGCUUCCUUCUACAUCUUUAAUCUGCUCAUACCAUGCAUGAUGAUCUCCUUCCUGGCUCCGCUGGGCUUCUACCUGCCGGCUGACUCUGGAGAAAAAGUAUCUCUGGGGGUCACAGUGUUACUGGCCCUAACUGUCUUCCAGCUGCUUGUCGCUGAGAGCAUGCCUCCUUCAGAGCAUGUGCCGCUUAUUGGGAAAUAUUACAUCGCCACAAUGACCAUGAUCACAGCUUCUACAGCCAUGACCAUCUUUAUUAUGAACAUCCACCACUGCGGACCUGAUGCCCAACCUGUUCCCGCCUGGGCCAGACGCUUUAUUCUGAACUAUCUUGCUCGAAUCUGCUUUGUUUAUGAUGUGGGCGAGAGCUGCCUUCCCGCUCACAAAGACAAAUCUGCCCAGAAAGAAUCCAGUUGCGCUGUAAACGGCCGUGCCGGGGGUGAGGACUUGGCUCUGAGGGUACGAGGAAUUUCUAAAGACAAAUUGAAUGAAGACGUCAGUCCUACUCUGUCUACUGGAAAGGAGUCAGCAGGUGCCUGGACAGAUAGCAACUGUGUGGGCAUGGACCCUGGUGAGAUGGGAGGAGCUACUGCGGGUUGUGGAGGUAAAGAAGGAGAAAGUGGAAUGGAUGGAAACAAGAGGGAGAUGGUUCUCGAAGGUCAGUGUAAAUGCCAUCACCAAACCCUCCUGAGGAACGUUGAGUACAUCGCUAAUUAUUAUUAUGAUCAGAAGGCCACACAGAGACGGACAGGGGAGUGGCGCAAAGUCGCCAAAGUCAUGGAUCGCUUUUUUAUGUGGAUCUUCUUCAUUAUGGUGUUCCUCAUGAGUUUGCUUAUAAUAGGAAAAGCGGUCUGA